CCUCGAGAGGGGAAAUACAUCACACGACUGUUCCGGAAGGCUCUCCGCUGUCUCAACAACUUCUCCGCGUUCUGGUGAAAGCUGACAUUGUACUUCCCACUUCAAGAUACACGUCUAGCUGAACAUAUUCCAGAUACACCACCAUGUCUCAACUCUCCAGACUUCUCACUCCUCGCAACAUGACUUUGUUUACUCUGGCUUCGCUCGGCAGCGGGUACUUUGUUGUCAAGUCAAAGACACUCGCCGACAGGCAGAGAGCCCGAGUCGAUGGAGACUACACCGUCACCGUCGACAGGUCAGGUACGAUUUGUCAAUUGCAUUGAGAUGAUGCAGCCUUGCUCCGAAACACAUGGUUAGAAAAAUGUACAUUGCGCUGACUGCAGGCUUUAGGUGGCGGCAUCAUUUUCUGUUCGACAAUUUGCAUGCUAUCGCAGUGCUUCCAUGAUAUCCCCACGUUUUAUACGUCUACUGCUAGGCUUUUUCCGAGUGCGCGACUCUAACAAUGGCAUGCGAUACGAAGAAAAGGCUUGAAAUGCUCCGAAAUGAGGUCCUAUGUGCC